AUGGCGGCCGGUCCAACAGUUGUAUUGCUAUUUAGCGGCAAAAGAAAGUCUGGUAAAGACUAUGUAGUUACAAAAUUAGCAGAAGUGCUAGGAGAUAUGAAUUGCGAAGUGUUAAGGCUUUCCGGUCCCUUAAAGAAACAGUACGCAGUUGAACAUAACUUGGAUUUCGAGAAGCUACUAGACUCAUCUUGCUACAAAGAGCAGUUCCGAAGUUCGAUGAUUUCUUGGGGGGAGGCGAAGAGACGAGAAGAUCCCGAUUUCUUUUGUAAACUAGCGACAAAAGAAGCAAGCAGGCCUAUCUGGAUUAUCUCAGAUGUACGCCGAAAGACAGAUCUUUCAUAUUUUACUGCUAGGUAUAAAACUACUCACGUACGAGUGACGGCCAGCGAGGAAACGCGAGCUACGCGAGGCUGGAGUUUUGUGAGCGGUGUAGAUGACGCGGAAUCUGAAUGCGGAAUGGAUAACGAGAGUUUUGACAUUGUUGUGGACAAUGACGGUGAUACAGAGAUAUUGCAAAAGACGUUGGAAAAGUUGAAGCAGAUUGCACAAACUAAACUGAAUAAGUCAGAAUAA